AUGGCUAAGAAAGUGUGCACUAAUUUCUUUAUCAACGAUCCUUGCUAUUAUCAAGAUUCUUUUCUAGGAUUUCUCGAAAAAUCCCAAGAAAAUUCUUUUUCAACAGAUUUAGCCUCAAUUCACACUGUUUCAUUUCAAAGCAUCUUGGCAUGGCUGAUCUUAAUAAAUUGUUCUUUGUAUGCAUGUGGAUGACAUAUUCACUCUUAUGUGGUUGCGAUUUUUGUUAUAUUAUCAAUAUUUUUAUAUUUUAUGAAAUAUGAUCGUUAUUUGACGAUUAGUCUUUAUGGUGAAAUUUUAUGUACAAUUUUUCAAUUUGAAACUAUAGAAACAGGCUCAUUGCUUGAAUGCCUCGGCGCCUUUUUCCCUGACUUGCUUAUAAAUAUUUUAGGGUUCAAAAGAUGGAUCCUUUUCUUUAUAUUCAGUCUAUUAAAAUCAGGAAUUUUUUACUUCACAAAUGCGAUGCAGUUUAAAACCGCGCUUUUUACAAUAAUUUCAUACUCUAUUUUCAAUUAUUUUAUUGAAAAAGAAAAAAGAACUCUAUGGGUACUUUAUCACAGCUACAAGAAAAGUUAUGAGCUUCACGAUGAUAUGUUCAUGUUUACUCCAAAUGGGAUUUUUGUUGUUGAUGAAGACAUGCAUAUUCUCUAUCAUAAUAAUAAGGCUGCUGACAUCACAUAUUUAAUAGGAAGAGCCAAACUAAAUCGACUAGACAAAUUUGAAGAUAUGUUUGAUGACGAUCAUAGAAAUCAUGUUAAAAAACUAGCUUUGGAAGCCUUGAAUUGAAAUAAGAAGGUGGAGGAAAUUAUUAUCAAGAAAAAGGACUAUGAAAGUGAUAAUAUUGUAACUUUAAGGUUUACUUUUGAUCGUAUUGAAUUCAAAGGGAAAAAAUGUCUUAAAAUCGUAUUCAUGAAUAUUUCUAAUAUCGUGUUUCAAGACACUUUUAUUUCUAUUUGCUAUAAAAACAUAUUGGAAUCCAUUGAACGAUUUACAAAUAAAUUAUUUGAAUCAUAUAGAAUGCAUACAAACAUUAAUCAACAUUUAUUGACAGAAAUAUACUCAAUUCAGCAUAGAUUGCGAACUUUUUUCUUAAUGCAAUGCAAAUUUUUAAGUAAAAUUGAAAUUAAAAAAGAUUACUUUGAUCUCCAGGUAGAAAUUUUAAAUACAAUAGAGGCUAUUUUUAUGAAAGCUGCAAAAAGAGAUUUAAUUUUUUCUUUAAGCACAUCUAAAGACAUCCCAAAUUGCAUUAUUGGUGAUAAAAAAUUUCAUAAUUAUCUCCUUUAUGCAGUAUUGGAUUUUGCAAUAAAAAAUUCUAAUGAAAACUCAGUCAUUUUCAUUUCAGUAUCAAUGAUUUCCAGUUCUAAUGCAGAAAUUAUUGUAAAAUAUGUCUUACAAUUUCCAUCAUUAUCAAUCACGCAAGAUGAACUUGACCGCAUAUUUCAAAUUAGAGAGCAAGCUUCAAAAAGAAAAACUCUUAAUGAUAUGAUAUCAAUUCAGCACAGAUAUGGAAGCGAAUUAAUUAUGUUUGACUCUUUAGUUUGCUUGAUGAGAGGAUAUACUGACGCUAAAUUUUCUGAAUCAAUAUGCACAAUUGCCAUUAACUUACCCUUAAUUGUGUCAGAGAGAAAGGCAGCAAGCAAGCUAGAACUAAUCACUGGGUGCUGUUUACAAGAAUCAGAUAAUGAAUAUAUUUGAAAAUAUAAGAAUAGUGCUAAUGCUGAAUUUACAGAAAACGAAUCUGAAGAUUAUGCGAUGGUCCACAAAGAGAGCCAACUUCCUAAAUAUUCUUCGUUAAAAAGUGAAAUAAAAGAAUGGAGAGUUCUGCUUUUAUGCAACUCAAGAGAAAGAGAAAAAUCUAUCAAAAAUAUCUUGAAAAAAUCGAUCACAAAAAAUAUAAAAUCUGUAAAUAGUGCAGCUUUAGGCUUAUAUUUGUAUGAAAAGGAAGCAAAGAAAGGACAAAUUUAUAAUGCAAUUUUUAUUGAUUUUCAAACUGCAAAUUGAGAAAAACUUUUCCAAAUAAAAGAUAUUAAAGCAUCAAAUGAACAAACAGAAAUUUUAUUUUAUGGAAUUAUUGAAGGCGAGGACAUUGAAGAUAGCUUUAUCAAAAAGUUUGAUGGCGUUUGUAAUUUUUAUUUAGUUAAAUUCCCUAUCGAUAUAGGGACAAUUAAAAACGUUUUAAGAAUUAAGGAUAGCUAA